ACGUUUACUCGUUAAAUAAGACAAAUGAAAACAUGUGGAUUUUAAAACCGUUGUCAAAGAUCACUAGCCAAUACGUUAAAUGUUUAUCUAAAAACUACUUUGUAAUUAAAUGGUUGUGUUGUUUGAUAAGGGUAUUGUCUCUAUUUCAUAAGUGUCGAAACGAGCUUUGCAAUUCAGCCAUUAUUAAAGUAGCGUUUAUUGACACGUCAACUAACCAAUCUGUACUUUGCAUAUGUCAAAAACGUCUUUUGACAGCCAAUCAUGUCGGCGAGGGGCGGGACUUCAAACCGUGUCAUUCCAGGUGACGAAUGGUGUUAUCCGGGGGUGUAUUAUUUCCAACAAAAUUCAACUUCUACAAAGGAAUUCACAACCGCCAGAGGUGAAACGAGACGGCGGUUCGUCCUCCUCCACUCCAGCUCGACGUUCGUCUUCUAACCGUUUCGCUACGUUGACGGCCGGAGUCGACCGCGGAUUGACAGGAGGGGGGGUUAGCGGUUUCUAGCUAACAGGAGCUAACUUGUCCCCACCAGCUGCCCCGGCGCUGUAUGUGCGGUAACAACAUGUCAGUGCCUUUACCUGCCAUCGUGCCUGCUGCCCGGAAGGCCACCGCGGCGGUGAUAUUUCUGCAUGGCCUUGGUGAUACCGGACAUGGCUGGGCAGAAGGUUUCGCAGGCAUCAGGUUACCACACGUGAAAUACAUCUGUCCACACGCUCCCACCAUGCCUGUUUCUCUCAACAUGAGAAUGUCGAUGCCUUCUUGGUUUGAUAUCCAUGGGUUGAGCCCCGAUGCAAAUGAAGACGAGGCCGGUAUUAAAAGAGCCUCAGAGAACCUUAAAGCAUUGAUAGACCAAGAAGUGAAAAAUGGAAUACCGUCACACAGAAUUCUCCUGGGUGGAUUUUCACAGGGCGGAGCGUUGUCUCUCUACACGGCUCUGACUACUCAGCAGAAGCUUGCUGGAGUCGUCGCUCUGAGCUGCUGGCUUCCUCUCCGCAACUCCUUCCCUCAGGCAUCUGCCAACAGUGUUAACAAGGACAUGCAUGUCCUGCAAUGCCACGGAGACGCCGACCCCCUGGUGCCCUUCAUGUUUGGCAACCAGACAGCGGAGAAGAUGAAAAGCCUCAUCGACCCGGCCAACGUCACCUUCAAGUCGUAUCGGGGUCUUCCUCACAGCGCCUGUCCAGAGGAAAUGGUGGAUGUGAAACGAUUCAUAGAGAAGCAUCUUCCUCCCAUCAGCAGCGAAUGAACUCGGGGCGGCGGCAGAACGGCCGCGCGGAGCCGGCGGGGCUCCUGUUGGGCUCGGUCCCCCCCCCCUCCUGUGGACUCGAGGAAGCGACGGCUUACUGACAAUAAAUCCACGCUGCUAUUUAUUACGCCAGACGGGACUGGGGCUUCAUUUGAAACCUGGAGCAGAAUAAUGAUAAACAGUGUUGCAUCCUGACCUGGAGCCACGCGCACAACCAGUGUUAGAGUCCCGUUAGCUGCUUGACUGUAACGCUGCCGCUGAGACGAGCCAUUUCUUGCAAGGAACAUAUAUAACUAGGGCUAUACUUUAUAGUUUAAUACCUAUACUAUCUCAUAAUAAAUGGCCUGUGGUUUAAUG